CUCUCGCCUGAAAGCUUGAGUCUGGGCCCCUGACGGAUUGUGAGUCAGUUGGUAUGUGUGGCUGCAUCUGCAGCGUGUCGGCCUGGGAGCCAUGCACAUUCUGCCAUGAGAAAGGAAGAGUAGAGAAAGCCGGUCUGCAGAGCGGCCAGCCCCCCAACUAUGAGAUGCUCAAGGAGGAGCAUGAGGUGGCUAUGCUGGGGGCGCCCCACAACCCUGCUCCCCCGACAUCCACCGUGAUCCACAUCCGCAGCGAGACCUCCGUGCCCGACCAUGUCGUCUGGUCCCUAUUCAACACCCUCUUCAUGAACCCCUGCUGCCUGGGCUUCAUAGCGUUUGCCUACUCCAUGAAGUCUAGGGACAGGAAGACAGUUGGCGACCUGACUGGGGCCCAGGCCUAUGCCUCCACCGCCAAGUGCCUGAAUAUCUGAGCCCUGAUUUUGGGCAUCCUCAUGACCAUUCUGCUCAUCGUCAUCCCAGUAUUGAUCUUCCAAGCCUAUUGAUAGAUCAGGAGACAUCAUGCAGGCCAGGAGCUCUGCCCAUAACCUGUAUCCCACAUGCUCCACCUUCCAUUCCUCGCCCUGCCCCCGGAGCAGAGUCCUGUAUCAGCCCUUUAUCCUCACACACUUUUCUACAAUGGCAUUCAAUAAAGUGCACGUGUUUCUGGUUAAAAAAAAAAAAAA